GAAACCCCACUCUAUAAAAGGCAGCUCUCAGCCCUUGUCCUAUGCAGUGAGUUUUAGUUUGGAUUUGAUUGCAAAUAGGAACGUACUUAUAACAUCAAGAUGGAUUUGAGGAUGUUUGCCGCUUGUUUGAUAAUGACUGUCUUUUUAAUCAAGCAUUCUGAUGCCCAACCAACUGCAUGGACAUUUACAAGUAAUGCAGGAACGGAUGUAACCAACACUGGAACUCCACCGGUAGGAACGGUAACAUUGACAAUUGCUGAGGGUUUCCCAGUUGGAACCACGUUGUUUACAGCUGUUGCCACUCCUACAACUGGGGGAGCAGCUAUGGCGUACGAGUUCGAGUCAGACGGAAACCCUAACAAUGUUGCAGAAACCACCAUCACAGCCGGAGAAGUGAAGCUUGCAUCCGGAAAGUCGCUUGACUUCGAGACAACUCCAUCAAUUGUUUUUAAAAUUAAAGCUACUGAAGCUGCUAAUGCUGCUAAUACAGGCAUUGCGACCGUGACACUGACUGUGACAGAUGCCAUUGUGUUUGGGCAAUCAAGCUACAUAGUUUGUCUCAGCAGUACGGAAGUGGCAGCCGGCACCAGUAUAGGUACAUUUGCUACGACUGACGCUACGAGUACUCAAACGGUUGCAUACACAUCAACAAGUGGUAACGACUUUGCCAAGUUUACUGUUACAAGUGGUACCGGGGCUGUAGUCGUCGCAUCUGGUGUGACAUUGAAGAGCGAAGAGGGCUGGACCUACUCGUUUACUAUCACAGGAACUGCAGGCGGUGUAACUGGAACCACGGACGUCUCUGUUGGACUAGGUUGCGCCAGUGGGGCCGGUCAGAUUGCCUCCCUUCUUGGCAUUCUACUCUUGUCCGUGGUCACUUCACUCUUGUGUUGAUCAACAAAACGAACUGAAACUAGAAGCAGAUUUUAUGAAUUAUAAUGACUGACACCACAUGGAAAUUUCUUUAAUUGUUUUAUCAAGCCUUUCUGACGACUUGUUCCUACGUUCAUACAUUGAUAUUGAUAUAAAUGGACAGUAUAACUAUGCAAGUACUACAAAAUAUUUCGCAAAUAAAAUAAAUUGUGUUGGGCCACAGAUGUUCCUUAAACGAGCUGAUUUCAUGACACAAAUAGUUGUUAUGUGUUUUUUUUUAUAUGACCACAUUGUUGUGAUACAAGGUUCUCGUUGCCAUGGACACCGAUGUCGGUUUAUGUUUUGUGUUUUGUUUGAUAAACAUGUCUGGAAUAAAUAUGAACUACAUAGGAACGUUGAAUACCACCGAAAAAAAUGCCUACCCACUUAGCUUUAAUUAUUAAUGCAACUGAUUUCAAGCGGUUUAAACAUUAUUUCUAACAGUUAUAAUUAUUCCAGACAUCGGUUAAACGUUUUUCUUUUAUUUCCUUGCUCUUUUGACUUAAACGAUGACUGAUCCAAAAUGAAAUUCCUUCGGGUUUGGAAAAUGGAUCUUUUGUCACUAUUGAAUGAAUUAUUCAUCAACGGACAGAGGAUUAUUUUGUUAAUGGUGGAAAAAUGAAGUCUUAUUUCUUGUUGAUACUUUACCAUUAGAUAGAUAUAUGCAAACUUGGUAUAAAUAUUGAAAACAUAUUGAAAUGCUUUGUUCAUGAUUGAGUAUUAAAAAAAUAAACAGUG